GAUUUGCCUCCGUUCGCGGCCUGAACUUGAGUGGUGCCUCCAGGACCAAGGGUGAAACAAAGAAAUAGCUGGACUGGAUAGAUAGAUAGCCAGAUAGCAAGUAGGGUACUGGUAGCCGAUUGCUUAAGCCAACAUCCCUUCAUUGCACUUUAACCCUACAGCCAUCCUAAUUUACCAUGGGCAAUAAUCGGUGUUGCUGUUCGUCGCUGCCGUGCAACCUGUGUUCCUUUUUGACAUCUCCUGUAUCUUCGUUUCGCAAUCAGGUUUCCCAACAACGGAAUUCUUCGGAACAAGAUCAGUUGGCCAAUGAUUUGCUAGAACAAGGAGAGCAAGAUGCCUCUACGACGGGGGGUCCUCUAAUGGAAAUGGCCGUUACCUUUGCCGCCAAGAUUUUGCCGUGUUCCGAAGCCGUAUUGUCGCGACUCAUUUGGGUGUUGCUAUGGAGCUGGAAGGCAGCCCCCGUGGCGCUCUACGAAUCUCUGGAACUCGACAAAAUUAAGCAGUCCAUGACAACCAACAACAAAUCUCAGAAUAACGAAGAGGAAGCCACGACGGCCGGCUGCAGUUGUGGUGCCGAGUAUUUCCAGAAAUGGUGGCAAAAAUUUGUGGCGAUUCCCGUGGCCAUGGGAUUCUACUACUUUCUCUACGAUUAUGUCGCACAGCCACUCUUGAAUGAAGCCGGCUGCUGUGGAAGUGACACGGUGACCCAAGUGGUGGCCAUUUCGUUGUUAGCAUUGCACUUUGUUUCGGGUCUAUCCAUUCAUUUGUACCAAAAACAAAAAGCUGAACAAGAGUGCCAAGAAACACUUACUGAUACCAACAACAAGAACGACGUGGAGUUGUCGCAGCAGUCCAGCAAUAACAGUGACUAUGCCAAGGCUGUGGCCAACGCUUCCGCUCCGCCCGAACCUACCGGUGACUGGAUCAUGCUACAAGAUGACAACAACAAUAAUAUUACUGGUGCAACGAACGCAACCUCCCCUCCAACAACCGCCACUGCGACAACUAGUGCGGCUCCCGUGGCUACCGGUAGCGCAUCCACCACCCCCAAGAAACGGAAAUUCUGGCCCUUUGGAAAAAAGAAAAAAGCACAGAAUUUGGUCGACUCGAAACAACCGCAAGCAGCCAUUGUGUAGCUAAACAGUGGGGUGUUGUUGAUGUGUAUGAUUGUAAAUAGAUUAGUUCAAAACAUAAUACAUACAUAAGAUGCUCUCUGACUUGGGCAGUCU